GUAAAGGCCUGGUGGUACAAGCGUUAGGAUUUUUUUUUUCUUUUUCAUAAUGCACAAAAGUACAACAAAUUCUUUGUGUUUCUGCGCUCAUUUGGCGAAUUAAGCUGAUUCUAAAACAACAGAAAGGGGAAUAAAGCUGAUUCUAAAAGUGCAGAAAAAGGAAUAAAUCUGAUUCUGAUUCUAAAACGGCAGAAAGAGGAAUAAAGCUGAUUCUUAUUCUAAAACGGCAGAAAGAGGAAUAAAGCUGAUUCUAAAACGACAGAAAAAGGAAUAAAGCUGAUUCUGAUUCUACAACGGCGGGAAGGGGAAGAAAGCAUGGCGGAGUAAGUGGGUGGGAGGAGCGGUAGCAGGCGCUCCGAGCGAGGAGGUUUUGUAUUUUGGCCAAUAACAGAGAGGUCUUCUCUUGUGCAUAAUCGGAAUGGCAGCCUGUAAAUAGAGCAGCCGCGAGGCGGGAGCUACUCAUUCUCUUGCAGAUCGCUUGAGUAGCAGCAUCAUGCCUGAACCAUCUAAGACCGCGCCCAAGAAGGGAUCUAAGAAAGCCGUGACCAAGACGGCCGGCAAAGGAGGCAAGAAGCGCAGAAAGUCCAGGAAGGAGAGCUACGCUAUCUACGUGUACAAGGUCCUGAAGCAGGUCCACCCCGACACCGGCAUCUCCUCUAAAGCCAUGGGUAUCAUGAACUCCUUCGUGAACGACAUUUUCGAGCGCAUCGCCGGUGAGUCUUCUCGUCUGGCUCAUUAUAACAAGCGCUCCACCAUCACUUCUAGGGAGAUCCAGACCGCCGUGCGCCUGUUGCUUCCCGGCGAGCUGGCUAAGCACGCCGUGUCCGAGGGCACAAAGGCCGUCACUAAGUACACCAGCUCGAAGUAAAGCACGUGACCCGCCGUCCUUAUUAACCCAAAGGCUCUUUUAAGAGCCACCCACUUUUUUCAUAAAAAGUGCAAGUUCCUUCC